AUGCUUUUUCAGCCAAUAGCUCUCGCCCUCUUUACGUCAACUUUCCUGGUCGAGGGUUCAAGUGUAAAGAGACACCAGGAUAUCUAUAAACGUGCCACGGCAACGAGCGGCGAUGACACCAGUCUUACCCUUGCACAAAAUGCCAUCGCAAGCGGCUCAUUCAGUGAUGGACUCGCUAAAAUUGGUGGUAGUGAAGCGGCCCAGGCUACUUCUGCCACUUCACAAAACAACUUCAUAAACUUUUGCGCAGGAGAAACUCUUACCAAUGGCCUUCAGAUUGUAACGGGGUCUUGUAAUGGAAUUCCAAUGGGUCAAAUUCCCGCGAAAAACAAAAUGAUGUCGUCGAUCAUUACAUUCCCUUUGGCUGGUAGCGCAUCGAUUAAAUCCGAUACAACAUUCAACAUUACUGUCCAAAUGUCCAACAUCACUCCAGGUUCCUUUUCUAAUGCGGCCUCCACUUACUUCUCUGCUCCACAACAGCUUGACUCAUCCGGAGUAGUGAUUGGGCAUACACACGUAACCGUGCAGGAUAUGGGGUCCAGUCUCAACCCAACUGGAACUUUGGAUCCUACUCAAUUCGCCUUCUUUAAGGGUAUAAAUGAUGCUGGAAAUGGACAAGGGCUUCUUUCGGCUACUGUUAAUGGAGGCUUACCGGCUGGCAACUAUCGUGUGUGCACAAUGGCUUCCUCAACUAAUCAUCAGCCUGCGAUUAUGCCUGUUGCCCAGCGAGGUACAGCAGAUGAUUGUACUAAAUUUACCGUCAUCGGAUCUGGAAAUACUGCAAAUGCUGCGUCUAAUAAUGGUUCCGGUGGACAAGCUGCUGCAGCUCUAGCAGCUAGUGCAGUCGCAGCUGGUCCAGACAACACCAACCCAGUGGCUAGCUCCUCCGAAAGUUCGAAAGCAUCAGCUUCGUCUUCUUUCUCUGCAGCGAAAGCGUCCAAGAUUACCGGCUCCAGCGCAUCAAGUGUACCUUCCAUUACAUCAUCAUCAGUACCUGCCUUUAGUAGCACAUCACCUGCCACUUCAUCUUCCGCAGGCUCCUCAACUUCUGCACUAGGAGGUAUAGCGGCGCCACCUGUCACCAACAGUGGAGAUUCAACUCGUCCUUUCUCAGUCAAUGGCAAUACAUUUGUGAAUGAAGCUGCGGCUUUACAAAGAAGUUGUGAUAUACAGUUUAAUGCAUGUGCGGAUGCAUUUAAUGGUGGGAAUGCAAGUGGGUUUGAUAUUGGUGACUGUCAGACGCAGGAAACUUCAUGUUUAGCUGGGUAG